AUGGCGUUCGCUCGAUUCGGGGCAUCCAAGUACCGCAACGCCGCGCCAGCCAUCCCCCCCCCAGCCACGUGGUACAGGGGAGACCUGCCCCCGCUCACCCCCAGCGCGCCUACCACAUUCACCUCCGAGAUCAAGACCACCCGCGAAUACAUCAUCACUGUAGCCCCCACUGGCGAGCUGUCUCUGAGGGGAUAUGCUGGCCAGGCUGCAAGUAUCAAGGUGGGCAGCGGGGGUGGCGUGGGCGAUUGGGAUGUCUCGAGAUUGGAGGAUGCGCUCUUGGCUGUUGGUGGCCUUGACGGUGCUGUAUCCGUAUACGUACUUCCAGCACCCCCGUCUACCACCCAACCUUCACUACUCUACUCCAUCCCCCCCUCAUCUUCCCCGGUCACCAACAUCGCCUUCCAUCCCACCACCCCCGGCAUCCUCCUCAUCUCCACCAUAACCCAGCCCGCUGCCAUAUACGACCUCCACUCCAACCCCAAGGAACCCAAGAUAAUCCUCAAUGCGCGAGAACCGAAAGGGCUCUGGACGAUAGCGUGGAAGAACGAUGGUCGGCUCAUAGCCGCCGUCGGCAGAAGCGGUACAGCCUACACUUGGAACCCCCGCUCCUCCCCUUCUCCCUCCUUCUCCAAACCCCUUCAGAUCCAAUCCCUCAAACCAGCCCGUCUAGCUUGGGUAGGAGAAGACAUCUUCCUCACGUCCUUCUCCAAAAUGCGCGUCCGCCAGUACUCUCUUCUAUCGGGCUCGGACCUGGGGACAAAGUUUGAGCAAGGGGUGGAUACGAAUCAGGGUACACUCGUGCCCCUCGUAGACGAACAGCGGAAAAUCAUCUUUCUCGCCGGGAGGGGCGAUAUGACCCUCCGCCAGAUCGAACUCUCCGGCGCCCAAGGGUUCCAAGAAUCCAUCCACCCUCUCCCCUUCCCAAUCUCUUCCUCUUCCCUCGCCGGGGUCCAUGCGGGGGAGUUGGAGGUGAUGCAAGCAGAAAUAGCGAGGGUGCUUGUGAAGGGGGAAGAUAAAGAUGGGGUGGUGCUUUUGCCUGUUGGGGUGAGGGUCCCGAGGAGGCAAUUGAUUGAUUUUCAUCAAGAUCUAUACCCGGAUAUUCCUGGGAGCAUUGCAGAGCAAAGCUCGGAAGAAUGGUUCAAAGGCGACGAUAAACUCCCACUACCUAUCUCGGUCAACCCGGCUAGGAGGGGGAUGUGGGAGAAACAGGUGGGGCAAGCUGCUCAAAGUCGACAGCGUACUUCUGCGCCUCCGUCUGCUGUGAAUUCGGAUGUUACUCGAGUGGCCGAGGACGAGUCGGAUUCACCUGCUGCGGCAGAAGAGGCUGUGGAGGCGAAGGAGGCACCUAUCACCACGCCUAGUACCACACUUUCAACCAAGCCUACCGAGGAGGAUAAGCCCCGCAAAGAUAUUGCCUCGACCACCACAGUAUCGGGAAGCGAGGAGACAAAGACGCCUACGCCUCCUACAGAAACAAAGCAGAGUACCGAAGAAGAGAACACUGUAACGUCUCCUGUGGGGUCACCUGAUGCUCUAGCCCCCAAAGCAGAAGAGCCACCCAAACAGCCCGCCCGCACUAACGCCCCCGCUACUCCCACCCCCGAAGAACCACUCCCUUCACCUACCCCAACCCCAACCGCAAAAACCGCCCUCCCUCCUCUGCAAGAGGGCGAAACCCACUCCUCAACGAGCUACAAAGUGCGUAUCAUCGGCGACUUUCUCGCAGACCAAGUGGUGGAGUGGAAGAAGGGCGAGAAGGGGAAGGGCCCGUUGAUGGUUGGACUGCAAGGACCGCAGGGGUGUGGUAAGACGACCUUGACGGGGGCGUUGGUGGAUUAUCUGAGUGAUGAGAAGGAGUUGGUGGGGGCUGUGCUUUCUACGGAUGAUUUGUAUAAGAAUCAUGCGGGGUUGAAAGCUGUAGCUGCUAAACACCCAACCAACGCCCUCCUAUCCGGCCGCGGUCCCCCCGGCACGCACGACCUAGACCUCGCCGAGCGUACCCUCUCUGCCGCCACCAAACUCAACGACUCCCCCGGCGCAUACGUCCAUCUCCCCAUCUUUGACAAGAGCAAGUAUGGAGGGGAAGGGGAUCGGAGUCCAAAGACGAGAAAAGUAGUUGGGCCGGUGGAUGUGUUUAUUUUGGAGGGGUGGUCUAUGGGUUUUGCACCGUUGGGGGAGGAAGAGUUGGAGAAGGCGUAUAAGGAUCCGAAGGCGGCUUCACCAAAGACGUCUAGAGUAUUCUUCCCGGACUAUCCUCUCGAAUCUCUAAAGACGCUAAACGAAUACCUGCAACCAUUCGCCUCCGUCCUCUACCCCUUCUUCUCAUCUUUUAUCCAAAUAGAGCCCUUAUCAUACGACUACGUCUUCCAAUGGAGGCUCGAGCAAGAGCACGGGAUGAAGGCCCAAAAUGGAGGGAAGGGGAUGGGGGAUGAAGAGGUAAGGGAGUUUGUGGGGAGGUAUAUGCCGGGGUAUGAACUGUGGGCUGGCGGGGUUUGGAGGAAGGGGAAGGGGUGGGAGGGAGAGGGGACGGGGUUGAGGAUGAGGUUUGGGGAGGGGAGGGAGGUUGUUGAGGUUGGGAAGCCGGGGGAGGGUUAUGUUGACCACAGCCCUUCUGCGCCGGUAGAAGAUGGGAAGGUAGUUGAGAAGGUGUCAAAGCCUUCACCUGAACGGGCUGGUUCUGUCCCAGCUGCGCCUACCAAACGCCCCGAAGCAGCGACAUCCAAAGACUCCCCAGCCAACCCCAAAUUAACAGCCACCCAGCCACCUACCAAUCCAUCAACUGACCGCUUCAACCCAUCCUGGUCCCGCAAAUACCUCGCCGCCAAAUCCCCCCUCAUCCCCUCCUACGACUCCCUGCCACCCCUCUCUUCCCUGCACCAAGACUCCCACGUCUUGCGCCUUACCCCCCACCUCGCCUUCUUCCCCAUACAAGGUACAGGCGGGAGGCUGUGUGUGCAGCCGUUGAAGAAGAAGGGCAGGGUGGCUGUUGGCGGGGAGGGCUAUUUGAGUGGGGGGGUGGAGAUUGUUGAUUUUGAUGCGGAGCUGGGGGAGGGGAGGAGGGUGGCGGUGGCGGGGGAGGAUGGGAAGGUGCGGGUUUGGAGGGUUGGGGAGGAGGGCGUGAAGGGGGUUGGGCCUGAACCUGGGCAGGUGUUGCAUGGCAAGUCUAUCGACAAGUUUACGCAGAUCCUCUUCCAUCCCACGGCCAAAGACCUGCUCGUGGGCGUGACGAACGAUCGAGGCGUAGCGAAUAUCAGGUUCCGGGACCUCUCCAAGGGCGAGGAAGUGAAGCAGGUAGAAGUCCCCGCUCCUGCCGUAUACCGCCUUGCGUUCAGCCCCUCGGGUGACCGAGUGGCUAUCGGAAGUAAAGACGGAAGGCUUUUGGUCUUCGACCCCCGUGACACUUCCACGGUCGUCUCGGGCAAAGCGCACGAUAGUCCUCGGUCAUUCCAGAUCAGCUGGAUAGACGAGGAGCAUAUCGUCACUGUCGGAUUCUCGCGCGGGUCUCUGCGCAAAAUCCUCCUCUACCGACUACCCACUACUCCCGGCGAGGAGAUCACCACCAUCUCAUCUCUAACUAUCGACACCUCCCCCUCCGUCUUGUUCCCCGUAUACGACCCCGACACGUCCAUCCUCUACGUCUGGGGCAAAGGCGAACGCGUCAUCCAGGCAUACGAAAUCAACCCCUCAAAUGAACGGGAGCCUGUUGCGAAACUACCAGGGUUCACGGCGGAUAACCCGCAAGUUGGGGUGGUAUGGUUGCCAAAGAGGAUGGUGGAUCUGAAAAAGGUGGAAGUGGGCAAAGCGUUGAGGUUGACGGCGAAGGCAUUGGAGGAGGUUAGCUUUACGAUUCCGAGGAAUAAGCCUGAAUUCUUCCAAGAUGAUAUUUAUGUGCCGACGACUGAUAUCGAGGCAACACCUUUGACGGCAGAGGAGUGGUUAUCUGGUAAAUCUGCUGAAAGGCCUACGAUCAACCUUCAUCCCGCCAAGAUGACGCCUCUAUCUCAAGCACCAAAGGCUGAUACAUCUACCAAAAAGAAGUUUGUCCCAGCUGCCAACGUCAUGUCGGAAGAAGAAAAGAAGAAAAAUGAGAUGGACCGGCUGUUUGCUAAAGCCAAGAUGGACGAGAGCAGUGAUGAGGAGGAGGAGGAGGAAGAGUCAAAGGGGCUGGAUCCUCCGGAUGAUGACUGGUAG